AUAUAGGUACUUGUGUGUUAUAGUAAAAAAAAGUAGGUACACAGGGGCUGGAUCAUCCAAAAAGCCUGCAUCCCUUGAGAAUACCCUAGUGUUUGUGUUAGCCCUGAUAACGCUAUCGCAGCUAGUUUUAAAUCUAUGCCUGUACUUCCCGAAAAACUGUCAGACGAGAACCAUUUAUUAUUACUGCUCCUUAUACAGAUAUAAAUGUUGACUUAGAAAUACUUUCGUGUACCUGUUCCAUGUUUUCCCUUUUUCACAAGAAAAAAAACUAAAUUACAAAAUAGAUUGUCAAAAACGAAAUAAAAAAAAUUAAAGUUUCCUAUAUAAAUGAGAUUAAUAAAGUAUGUACAGAAGUGAAAAUAAAUUCAAAAAAUAAGUUAUAACAUGGUACCAGUAAGUGGAACAAGCAUUCAGUCAGGUAGGAACAUGGUUAAAGUCAGUAUUCCUUUUUUCCACACAACCUUUCCCACAUGGACCAUUCAUGCUGCAGUAUUGAUAUGAAGGUAGAUGGUUCAUGGAAAGCUAAUUUACAUCUUUUAUUUUCAUCUGCACUUGGUAUAUUAUAUCUGAAGCAUUUUUCUAUCUGUAGGUGACAAAGUCAUUCCACUUUUUAUGCCUCAGUGUUGUCAGUGUGUGUGCUGCAAGGACCCAAGAACCAAUAUAUGCACUUUACCCAUGUAAGUCAUUUAACCUUGCUUUCACUUGUAGUGGAUGAUUGUAUCAAUAUGACUGUUCCCACCUGACCAAUGUUAGAAGUAUAAUCUUUAAUCUCUUCUGUCCCAUGGUGGGGUAUAAUAAUUUGUGACUAAGGAAGGGAGGUGUUUGUCCCAUACGUCUAUGUUCAUAUUACAUUUUUAUUUAAGUUAAUCAAAACAAAUUUUUUUUUGAUUAUCAUUUAACUUACAACAUACCUAUGUAUCUCAUAGCACCACAGGUAGACCCAGAGGAUUGAUGGCUGAUGGCACUAGCAGAUUUACCUGCAAAGGAAAGCAGCUCUAUCAUUUUGCAAAUACCAGCACAUUUGCUGAAUAUUCUGUUAUUGAUGAAAUUGCAGCUGCAAAAAUUGAUGACAACGCACCACUGGAUAAUGUCUGUCUUAUUGGAUGUGGUUUCUCUACUGGUUAUGGUUCUGCUAUAAACACAGCCAAGGUAUUCUAUUCCCUACAUGUAUAUGUACAUGUAUAUACUGUCUACCUGUAACUGUGUAUGUGUGUGACUGUCUGCCUGUAAUUGUGUGUGCGACUGUCUGCGACUAUCUGUCUGCAACCGUGUGUGUAUGUAUGACUGUCUGCCUGCAACUAUGUGUGUGUGUGCGUGUGCGACUGUCUGCUGUAACUGUGUAUGUGUAACUGUCUGUCACUGUGUGUGUGAUUAUCUGCCUGUAACUGUGUGUAACUGUCUGCCUGUAAUUGUGUGUGUGCCUGGCUACAUGUGACUGUAUGUGGCUGCCUGUAGCUGUGUAUGUGACUGUGUGGGAGUCACUAUGUGCCUCAGACUGUGUAUGUAGCUGUAUUUGACAGUAUAUUCAUGUAACUUUGUACAUCUGACUGUGUGUCGUACUGUGGGACUGUGUGCAUGUGACACUGCAAAAAUACAUACUUGCAUUCACACAUGGGCCUACAUGCGUUUUUUGGUUUUUUUUUAAUCUGAAAUUAAAGACCCAUCACAAAUAUCACACACAGUCAAUACACACAUCACACACAGUCAAUACAUCCAUAACAAAUAUCACACUUAGAGACAGAGCUCAGAUUCCUAGCAUAUUGGACCAUCAGAGAUCAGCAUGACCCCCUCCAUGCAAGGUUACAAAACUAAAAUUAAUAAUUGAAUAAGACCUAUAGAAAAAGAAAUAGCAAAUACAUAUGUUGGAUAAAAUAUCACAGGUGAAUGAAUUGCCAAAUGAAUAUGUAAGUGUUUUUCCAUAUUACUUUGGUUAUGGUAAAAUCUACCUCAAUUUGAUGGUGUGCUGAAUGGAGACACUUUAAGACGGCAUCUUCUCAGUCUUACCAUUAGAAUUUCAUAAGUCACUAAUUCAUUCUCAUCUAGCAACUUAUGCAAAAAAAAAAUAACCAGCCAGUGGUCCGUAGAACUUAAAAUCCAAAAGCUUGCACAAAUCCCAAAUCAUGAUCCGCCAAGGUGGCACUACAUAAAAUGUAUCUAAUGUGUACCUAAAGUCAUCCACAAGGAAUAAUUUGUUUAUAAAGACCCAAUUGACAAAAUGUAAAUAGGUAUUCUUGGCAUCAAAACAACUUUAUCUUAAUGAAGCAAUUUGGGUGUAUAUGUGCAAGUGCAAUCUAAUUUAAGAGUUAAAUCAUUGUUGCUCUUGUCCAUGCAGCCCUAGCCACACCUCCCUGCCUCUGAUUGACACAGCCUCCAUGAAAACAAAAAUGGUUUAAUUUUUUAUCAGAUCUUACUUUACUCUUAACUCUGUAAACUAACUUUUAAUCACACACUGGAGGCUCUGGCAGACUAUUAACAGAACAGGGUAAUGCUAAACUGAACAGACUGUGCAAAACAGAAAGUUUAAACAUUAAAUCUCUCUUUACAGGAAGUGUUGGAGACUGUAAGUCACAUGCAGAGAGGUGUAGCUAGAGUUGCUUAAAGAAAGCAAUGUAGCACCUAAAUGAUAGAAAAUUGAGCUUCAAAGACUCCAGGAGCAAAAUCUAUACACCAUAACUGCUUCAUUAAGCUAAACCUGUUUUGGUGCCAAUACUAUUAAUUUUUUUUAUUAGUUAUGUUUGAUGGUAAUAAUAUUUCAUUUGAAAACAACUUUAUUAGGCAUUAAAUAAUUUAGUAAUAUUCACUGUAGCUCAUUUGUUUUUUCUUUUUGUGCAGGUACAUCCAGGGUCUACAUGUGCUGUGUUUGGUUUGGGUGGUGUUGGACUUGCUACUGUCAUGGGCUGUAAAGCAGCUGGUGCGUCCCGUAUCAUUGGAGUGGAUAUCAACAAGGACAAGUUUGUCAAGGCUAAAGAAUUAGGAGCAACUGAGUGCAUCAACCCCAAAGAUUAUGACAAACCUAUCCAGCAAGUUCUUAUAGAGCAGACUGGUGGUGGUUUAGACUAUGUAUUUGAAUGCAUUGGAAACACAGAAACUAUGGUAUGUGGACCAAACUUAAUUGUGAACAAAUUACACUUUUACCAUUAUUGGUUCAGUGGAAAAGAUACAUAUACCUUAUAUUUAAUACUAAAGUUUAACGCAGCACUGUCACUGACUGGGGACUUUGCAGAAUUCACAAAGACCCCCGAUGGUGACAUCACUGCUGGGGGUCCGUUAGCCAGAGGGGCAGAAAAGGUAAGCCCUACUUACCUGAACUUGUCCCUUGUGGGCACCAUCAUCUUUAUAUGAGCGAAUACAGCAUUGAAGUCAAUGGAGGAUCCCAUAGACACAGCCAAUUCACAGCUGCUGCUGAUGACUCUGACGAUUAACACUUAGAUUAACACUUAGAAAGUCAAGCAGAGGAGAAAUCCAGAGACAAAGUGGUCCAGGGAUGGGGGUGGAGGAAGGAUGGGGGACUACAACAGUGUCGCUUCAGAAUCAAUAACUACCCGUCAAAAGAUGAGUUGUUGACAACAUGUUAACAAAUCCAUUGAACAUUUUGCAAAUUCAACACCUCAAAGAACUUCACAAGUCACUGAAAAUACUUUUCUAUAAAUCUAUUUAACGGCGCAAUUUUAUUUAUUUAUUACUGGUAUUUAUAAAGCGCAUAUUCCGCAGCACACCAUCAUUAUAAUAUACUGUAAUGAUUACAAUAUAACUAAUACAGGUAGUCCUCAUUUUCCGACUUACCUGUCUAACUACGGCUCAGACUUACGACCAGCUCUCUAGCCUGGGGAUUUGAGAGAUUCCCCACAUUAGAGAACUGGUCUGUGAUCGGGGAAUUUUCCCCGAACAUAGAUUAGAAGGAUUCCCUGCUCUGGUGCGCUUGUCUAUAUUUAGGGAAACUUCCACGAACAUUGACAAAUGCAUCAAAUUAAUUAAGUCGUAAAAUGCAUCAGAGCAGGGAAUCCGUCUAAUCUAUGUUCAGGGAAAUUUCCCCAAACAUAGACAAACGCAUCAGAGCAGGGGCUCCCUCAAAUCUAUGUUCGGGGAACAUUCCUCCACAUGGUGAAUUGUGCAUCAGAUUCAGAAAAUAUGUAUUGAAAUCCUUACUUUAUAUUUUUUUCCACCAGGUUUCAGCAAUAAAUGCAAGUCACUUUGCCUUUGGAACUACAGUAAUUGUUGGAGUAGCUCCAUCUACCAAAACUAUAACCAUUGAUCCAAUGAUCUUUUUGACUGGACGUACAAUGAAAAGUUCUCUUUUUGGAGGUAUAAAAAAUUAUUAAUGAUCAUUAGACAUUUAUGAUUAAUAUAAUUUUUUAAAGUAAAAAUGUUAAAUACAAUUUAAAAUUGUUUGCUAUAGUUUUGAUUCUGGAUGGAAACAUAAAAUGUGAUGGCAGUUGGGGGGAUGACGUGAAUACGAGAGCGUACACACGCCAAGAGGAGGAGCUAAUGGAGCCACGCCAGCGGGUUGAGGCGUAGGCAUCGAAGGGAGCACGCAGCGAUAUACACAGUGAGAUUCUACAAUCCAAGUGUGGAAAAUUCAACAAGAAUUUUACCAAUGGACUACCAACACUUCACGACCACUAUCUUUUACCGCCCUAUUACUACCAAGCCCCUGGUACAGAUAUGUCUCAGAGACAAAAAAUAAAGCAAGCAAGAGCAGAUAAGGCAUCCUUCUUCUUGGCGAAAGCCGCAACACCAAAGUGCCGUGUAGGCCCAGGCAUGAUCCAAGAUGGCGGCGAGACCCACUAGCAGGAAGGCUCCAUAUCGACGACGGCCUCCCUUGAGCUACCUCAAGAGGACAACCCGGUAACGGAAUCCAAAAUGCGAGGCAUCCUAGCAGAAUUCAUGGCUACUAGGCAGUUUAACAUCACGGCCCAAUUACACGGCCUAUCUGCAGACCUCCGCAAGGAGAUUCACGACAUAGGCCAAAGAACCUCUCACAUGGAGAACAGGCUGGAUGACUUUGCAGGAGCCCAUAACGGCUUAGCUACCAAGCUGCAAGAAAUGGAGGAAACUAUCACUGCGCAGAAUCUGAAAAUCGCGGAUAUGAUAGAACAACAUCUCCUACUUGACAACAUGAUAUAUUACACUAUCGCAACCAUCACCAUAUUACACAUCAUACCACAAAAUUGCAUAAUCAAUACACUGCAACCUAAUUUUAUCCACAGAAUACACACUCUAUACACUCAACAUUUUUUUUUUUUUUUACUUCUCUUUCUCCAUCUUUAAAUAUAUGUGGUUAUUUCUUUUAUCUCAUAUUUGAUUAGAUGGGGUAUGAGAUAAAAGAUUAAAAUAGAGAAAGAAAACAAUAAAGGAGUAGAUAUUAGAAAUAGAGAGGAAAAGGAGAGAGAAAAGGGAAGAGAAUGGAAAGUAGAUUACAUACCAAUAGUAAAGAAAAAGAGAGACAAUUUAAUAUUGUUAUUAUGCAUGUAUCAACUUUCCUCUCCUCUAUAAAUGAGAUUAAUAGCAAAAAGUAGACAAAUAUAUUUGUUUAUGUAUUAAAAUUGCUCAAGAUAGUACAUACGUGUGUGUGUGUGUGUAUAUAUAUAUAUAUAUAUAUAUAUAUAUAUAUAUGUAUAUGUGUGUGUAUAUAUAUAUAUAUAUAUAUAUCACGUGUGGAUUUAUUUUAAUAUUUUUUUUUCUAUACAGUGGCUCCACACUCUUCCUUAAGCCUUAAAUAAAAGGCUGAGGUUUUUUCGCAAGACAUUUUUUUCUUUUUUUUGAAAAGCAAAUAUACAUAUUUUGCUUCUUACAACAGAAGGUUGUAAAAAUAAAUAUUAAUCUUGAAUCCUAUUUUAAGUGAUCUCAAGAACAUACCAUGGCACAGAUUAGGUGCAAUACCAGACCUAGACGCUGCAAUUGCAUUUUUUCAGUCCGCGCUCUUGCGUGUUUGGAAUUUGCAUGUCCCUCUGCGUAAAGUGCGACUAAAAAGGGACACACCUGCCCUAGGUUACAGCUGACCUCAUUCAAAUGUACCCGUUUAGAGGUCCACUGUGGUAAAAGUUCAAGCAUACUGGCUCCAUGAACGAUCGAUGUACUUACAGACAAUGACGAAAUGCAUGCACAAAACAAAUAAAAAUGGCAAAGGCCCAAUUUUUCAGUGAAAAUUUGGAUAACCUAUCAAACCUAAGAAACCUCUGGAAAAUCAUAAAUAGCAUACAAACCCUCACAAUCCACUCCCAACCCUCCACUGUCAAAAUGGACAACCAAACACUGCAACUCCCCCUAGAUGUAGCAAAUGACUUUAAUAAUUAUUUUGUUGGAUGUGCUACCACCCUGGUUGCUGAGAUAACAAAUGACACUAAUUUUCAGACCGCAAAUAAAGAUCAGGCCCUGCCAAAUCUUCAAAAUGCUCAUAUAGAGAAAUUCAAUUUUAGACCUGUGCCUGUUAGUGUCAUUAAUAAACAUCUUAAUAAUUUAAACAUGAAAAAAGAGUGUGGACCAGAUCAAAUUCCUCAAAGCUCAGUGUGCCAGCAAAUUGCUAAACUUGUCACUACCCUUAUCAAUGAAUCCCUGAUGUCAGGAUACAUACCCAAACUUUGGAAGACUGCAAAAGUUGUACCUAGUGGUGACAAUACUUUGGUAUCUAACUGUCGUCCGAUAUCAUCACUCCCUGUAUUGUUAAAAAUCUUGGAAAAAUGCAUCCACAUGCAACUAUGUGAAUAUUAGCAACUAUCAAAUUAUCUUACCCCUGAUCAAUCAGGAUUUCAUCCAAAUCACUCAACUUCGACUGCCCUCUUUAAAGUUUGCAAUGACAUCCAAAUUAUCAUGGAACAAGGAGAGUUAACUGGAGCUAUUUUCGUUGAUUUUGCCAAGGCCUUUGAUACAGUAGACCAUGGCAUUCUUUUGUAAAAACUAAUAAAUUCAGGCAAUGGUGAUCAUCUGCUAACCUGGUUUCGAUCGUAAGGUUCAGACCGAUUGCAAUGCGUGGCCAUUUCUGAUAGCGCUUCCCUCCCUCUUCCAGUCACGUGUGGUGUUCCCCAAGGCUCCAUACUCUGCUAUUCACAUUAUUCAUAAAUGACCUGCCUAACGUCUGCAAAUCCUCAACUGUACACAUGUAUGAAGACGACACUGUAAUCUACGCUAGUAAACCCAAGCUACCGCAGCUUGAGGCUGUGCUCCAAAAUCAAUUCACAGAGGUAGGAAAGGGGAUAGCAGAUAACAAACUCUUCCUAAACACUGACAAAACUGUUACAAUGAUCUUUGGAACUGUACCUAAAUUUUGUAAACUGCAAAAUCAACGACUGUGUAUCAGAACAAAUUCAAAUGGCACACUGACAGCAGUCUGCUCUUUUAAUAAUCUAGGUAUGUUGCUAGAACCCAAUCUAUCCUUUGGCCUUCACAUUAAAAAAAUAUCUUCAAAACUUUACCCAAAACUAGGUGCCCUGUACAGAAACAAAUCCUGCCUAAGCCCUACAGUAAGAAAACAGACAGUGCCGGUAAUUGAUUAUGGGGAUGUAGUGUAUGCACUCGCACCACAAACCCACCUUAAUAAACAUAAUACAUAUAUAAUUCGUUCUGCCGCUUUGUACUAGAAUGUCAUUAUUUUAGCCACCACUGUGACAUGUUAAAAGAGCUAAACUGGCUGUCGCUGGAAUCCCAAAGCUCUCUUCAUCUUUCCAGCCUUGUGCAUAAGAGCAUUUCUGGGAAGCUCCCACCCAACCUGAGUAAAAUGCUCUCCCCAGUUGUUCCCUCCUCCUAUAACCUCCGAUCCAGUACAAGCACGAUAUUUAGCAUACUGCAAUACAAAAAAAGUGGCUCAAUUCUCCUUUUUCUACAGAGCUCCGCAAUUAUGGAAUAACCUCAGGGACACCAUUUAAAUCUUCAUUCAAUCUAAAAUAUUUUAAGAGAUCUAUGGCAAUAUACCUCAGCACAGAAUGCACCUGUCCUGGUUGAAUAUAUGUAUUAACUGUUAUGUAUUCAAUUUAUUGUGACGGACUGCCUGGCACCCCGACCGGGUACCUCCAUCAAUCGCUGCUUCCUAGUACUGCACUGGAACACCAUAAACCCGCGAACCGCCGCAGCUUGGUUGGGGUCUUUCCGUUCUCCACCCACCCUGGACCCAAGACCAGGAUCCAGCCUCCAGUAAGUAGACCUCUCCUAGUCCAGAGAGUGUAGCAGGAACAGCUCUUAAAAGAGCUUAGUAAUUAUACUCAGGGGAGUAUAGUGAUUAUAGCAAUCCCCAGAGUGAAUGUAGUUCUCCAAUCCCCCAAAUAUGAGCCUAGACCACAUGAAGGGUAAAGCAAGUGUGUUUAAUGGAAGCCACAGCUGGCCUUUUAUGCAAGUCCCCAAGCAAGGUAUCAACCAGAUCCGAGCAGGGGUUCAGGAAAUUCCUGGAAGUCUUAUUUUUGACUGACAGUGCACAUGGUCCCAUGCCCAAAACAGUUCCAGAGAAUUAGUGCUAACGGUCGGUGUCUCUGUCUGGAGUACAUAAGUACAUACUUCCCAUGAACAGAGUCUUUUUAAAGUAUUUUAGCCAGGUCCAUUGCAGAGGCCAUAGUCACAGGGUAGGAGGCUAGCAAACAGGCUCCUCCAAAAAUUUGUGGCAAACUCAAAGGAAAAGGGGAGUUUGUCACACAUCUUCCCUCCCAAGGGGAGACUAACUAGGUACCUGACCACCUGUCGAUCACUACCUGGGGUAGUAGCCCACCCAUAAGCAAAUACUGAACCUUGUGACUUCUGUAGCCCACCUCUGUCCUGUAUGUGCCCAGCGAUCAAGUGGGCAUCUGGUACUCCUGGUAUCCCUUGUGCACCCAGGCAUGGAGUUGUAGGUACUUGGUGGGCAGAGGCCAACUGCGCUUUGGCCCGGUGCCAGCGCUUCUGCUGGGGGGACUGGUACAUAGUCCUUCCCUGUAAUAAGGGGGAAGUGUGGCAAACCUAGCCACUUUAGGUCAUACUGCCUAACAUCUGCAGGUUGUCUGUAAAAAGCUGUGUUAAUUCUGUGUAGGAAUGUAUUCGUGUAAUUUUACAAUAGAGAACAGUCAUAUGCUAACAGCCGAAAGCUGUUAGCAUUCAUAUGGUAGUUUCACGAACAGUGACUUUAUACACUGUUCGUGAAACGAAUAAAGUACAGAAUGGGAGCCCACACACAGAGGGUAGUGUGGCUCCCAUUAACCGAUUGCAACAUUGUAGCAAUCGGCGGGUAAAUGCUUUCUUAGGUGGCCGUCGUUCGGCUACCGACCACGUGGCAGUCGGCCAUCUUUGAUCCUUUGUUAUCCCAGCGGUGUUUGGUCAUCGAGCGCCUGGAACUAAAAUCGGCUACUCGACGGCGCAAACACCGCUGGACGUCCAGGCCGUUCGGGAGCACAGGUCCUUCGGUACUUUAUUCCCCCAUAUGUGUUCGGUACUUUUAAGGUGAAUGGAAUAUAAUGUGUGUUUCGUGCGGCGUUCGGUUAUUUAUGCUGGGAUCUGAGCAGUACUUUCACAAAGUGUGCGCUCAGACCCCAGCUAUCUACUGAACGGUCAUUCGGUGUAAUCAUAUAUAUAAUAUUGAAGUUAUGCAAUUCUGUGUAAAAAGUCCAUUCUGCUGUACGGAGGGAUAAUCCACUUAACCAGAUAUUCUAGUGGGAGUAUCCCUCUCGUACAGCAGUGCAUGGUGGGAGAAAUGCCCUGUAUUUUCAGUUCCCCAUGUAAUCCUCUACUGUACAACCCCUGUAAAGUGACUAAGGAAACCCCUUGAAUGGGGAAUCACAUAAAUACUGGAGCUAUGAAUAAAAUUGUCAGUUGACUACCAAAACUGUGUUUCGUCCGGUUACUGGGGGAUUUGGGAUAGUGCCUUCAUUUCCAGCGCUUUACUUGAAUCACUUUCUGUACCAGCGGAGAUAUUGGGAUUUAACAUUGUAGAUCCGCUACAGGAAGGUAGGGCAGAGGCUGGCUGCUCUCUCCCCUGAUGCCAGCUCUUCUGCUGGGAAGAUGCCAGGGGGCAUGUCUCUGGACAACAGCCCCAGCUUCUGAUGGGUAGGACCGACCAACUCCACUCCCUGUAUCGUUCCCUGUGGUUGGGGAGGGGGACCAACUGUCUCCUCCCAAGGUGUCUCUAGCUGCCGCUGGGGAGAGAGGGUGAUAUGCUCCCUGUAAAGCACACACUGCGCUGGGGAGUGAGACCGACUUUCUCCACUCCCAGUAACUUGCCCUGCCGUUAGGGAGAGCAGACAAUAUGCUCCUCUCCCUGUACGGCACACUGCCACUGGGGAGAGGGACCGGUUGUGUCCCCUCCUUGUAAAGUAAGCUGCCUCUGGGGAGUCAAACCAACUGUCUUGACUCUCGAUAACGCUGCCUGGUGAUGAGUAGUGAUCAGUCGACUAACGGUGUCCCUUUAACUAUUAAUUUAUAAGCCAGCAAGUUACAGGAAACUCAACCCAAGCAAAACACAAUCUUCACACUUGCUGCUGCUGCUGGGUGCUUGCUACUGCUGGGAUGAGGGACCGACAAUCUCCUCUCCCUGUGACACUGCCUAGUGCUAGGUAGUGAGACCGACUAUCUCCACACCCAGGUAUGCUUGCUGCGGCGGAUGAGGGACCAAUAAUCUCCUUUCCUGGUAACACUAGCUGCCGCUGGGGAGAGAGACCAGUUGUCUCUUCUCCCUUUAACCCAUACUUCCGCUGGGGAGUCAGAACGACUGUCUCGACUCCUGGUAACGCUGUCUUGCUUCUGCUGGGAUGAGGGACAGACAAUCUCCUCUCCCGGUAACACUGGUUGCCGCUGGGGAGAGAGACCAGUUAUCUCCUGUCCCUGGAACACACUACCGCUGGGGAACGGGACCGUUUUUUUUUUUUUUAUAUAAUAUAUGUCUUUAUCCUUGUUUCUCCUUAGUAUGUUAAUUAAAGGACCACUAUACUGCCAGGAAAACAUACUCAUUUUCCUGUCAGUAUUGUGCCCUGAGGGAGGAAGGGGUUAAACUUACCUCUUUCUCCAGCGCCGGGCGGGUAGCUCUCCUCCCUCUUCUCCUCCUCUUCGACUGAACGCGCAUGCAUGGGUUAAGCAUGCUUGGGUUAAGCAUAAGCGAUAGCCUUAUGCUUAACCCAUUAAGGACACAUGACAUGUGUGACAUGUCAUGGUUCCAUUUUAUUCCAGAAGGUUGGUCCUUAAGGGGUUAAACUUCUUCACUGUGUUAAACCCUACCACUUCAGCUGGAAGGCUAUUCCAUGCAUCCACAACCCUCUCGGUAAAGUAAUACUUCCUGAUAUUAUUUUUAAACCGUUGCCCCUCUAAUGUCCUCUUGUUGUGCUGUUUUUUCUUCUUUUAAAUAUAGUCUCCUCCUUUACUGUGUUGAUUCUCUUUAUGUAUUUAAAUGUUUCUAUCAUACCCCCCUGUCUCAUCUUUCCUCCAAGCUAUACAUGUCAAGAUUCUUUAACCUUUUCUGGUAAGUUUUAUCCUGUAAUCAAUUAACCAGUUUAGUAGCCCUUCUCUGAACUCUCUCUAGAGUAUCAAUAUCCUUCUGAAGAUACGGUCUCCAGUACUGCAUACAAUACUCCAAGUGAGGUCUCACCAGUGUUCUGUACAAUGGCAUGAACAUUUCUCUCUGUAUACUGCUAAUGCCUCUCCCUAUGCAAGCAAGCAUUCUGCUAGUAUUUCAGCUGCUCUAUUACACUGUCAGCCUAAAUCAUCUGAAAUAAUUACCCCUCACUUCCUUUCCUUUAGAUGUUGAGAUUAGGACUCUAUCAAAUAUUCUAUACUCUGCCCUUGGGAUUUUAUGUCCAGGAUGUAUUAUCUUUUAUGUAUUUAUCCACAUUAAAUGUUAGUUGUCACAGCUUUGACCAUUUUUCUAGUUUAUUUUUAUAAUUUGCCAUUUAGCUUAUCCCUGCUGGAACAUCAACCCUGUUACAUAUCUAUGUAUCAUCAGCAAAAAGAUAUACCUUAAUGUCAAGACCUUCUGCAAUAUCACUAAUAGAAAUAUUAAAGCGAAUGGGUCCAAGUAUAGAUCCCUGAGGUACCCCACUAGUAACUAGACCUUGCUUUGAAUAUACUCCAUUGACUACAUCCCUCUGUUGCCUGUCACUCAGCCACUGCCUAACCCAUUUAAUAAUAUUGAAAUCCAAACUUAUAGAUUGCAGUUUAUUGAUAAGCCUUCUAAAAAAAAAUCAAUACGUUUACUUUGGCAUGACGUCCCUGUAGUAAAUGUUCAACAAUCCUAUCCUUUAACAUGGUUUCCAUUGCUUUCCCCACUACUGAAGUAAGGUUAACUGUCGUAUAGUUACCCGACUCCUCCCUACUACCUUUCUUGUGAAUAGCCAUAACAGUCACUAAUUUUCAAUAUUUUGGGACUACUCUUGUUAACAAUGAUUGGAUUAAUAAAUCCGUUAAUGGUUUUCCUAGUACGCCACUGGGCUCUUUUAAUAACUUUGGGUGUGUUCCAUUGGGCUCCAUCGACUUAUUUGUGUUUACUUUUGACAGUUGAAAUAGAACUUCUUCCUCUGUAAACUCACAUGUAACAAAUUACUAAUUUGUUUUUAAUCUAACUUACCCUUGUUUUACUUUCGUUUUCUCAUUUAUGUAUCUAAAAAUGUUUUGUCCCCCUCUUUUACUGACUAGGCUAUUUUCUCUUCUGUGUGUGAUUUGAAAGCUCUUGUAACUUGCUUUCUGCCUAUUCUUAUAGAUCUGUCUAUUUUCCUCACUAUGUUUUUUUUUUUAAAUUAAAAAACGUUUAGUUAUUUUACUAUUUUGGCCACUUCUGUGGACUCCCUGUCAUACCUCCUUGCGGCCCACACUGCUCCCGCCGUCCGCGCUGCUCCUCCAAGCUCUUCCGGCUUCCAACUGACAGCCCACGCGUGCGCGACCAGGGACAUGCGCAUGCACGUGCGGCAUGCCGCUGAAAUCUUAAAGCGAUACUACCAUUAUUGCAUGAAUCCUGGUAACCCUUUUAUAAUAUCUCCUAUUGUCUUCCCUAGCCUAUCAGAUCUCUCUUAGCCCUAUUUAUACCUCCCUCCUUCAUCACUUCCUUGCCCUGUCGUGGUCUAUUGUAGCCCGAGAGUGCGUUCUGUAUACUUGUGUGUUUCCUGGUAUCUGACUUCGGCUUGUCUCAGGUUAUCCGUAAUUUCUGGCUUCCUUCACCCUUGGCUUUGUUUCUCGUUUAUUCUUCCUUCUCCUGCCCUGACCUUGGCUCGUAGUAUUAUUCUGCUUCUCUCCUUACUUUUCUUCACGUUAAGUCCGGCCACUUUAAGGACCAGUAAUCCGUCUAGCUUGGGUUGUCUGUUAGUCCUAUAGUUAGCGUGUUGGGGAACCUAACCUUGACACUACCACAGUGGUUUCUUUAAUCUUUUUUUCAUACUGACAAGCCUAAUGGAUGUGUGCCAAAUAUUAAGUUGCAACCACUAAACUUUCUGUAGGAAGACAUCCUAAUACAUUAUGACACCAACUUCUAUGAGUUGAACGAAUGAGUGCAUUCUUGUGAAUACUAGAGUUGGUAAUUCAUGUGUUUUCCCCUUAUUAUAGUUAUAAUAACACAUUCACACAAUACUCAAGUUUAAUAAAAGUUUCUAUGUAGGAACACUCAGUGAGGUUUGUUAGGUUCUCUGUUAGAAAACAACAGUUUAAGGCAGGCUAUCAUUUGAAGAAAUGAGUGGAAUGAUGCAGAGGGUAAAUGCAUUCAAAUGGCACAAGACUUGAAAUUACCUAAGGAAUGAAUGAUUGAUGUAAUUUGAUUAUAUCUGUCUUGUUAUUAACCUUGUAAAUAUGGUGUUUAGGUUGGAAAUCUAAGGACUCUGUCCCAAAAUUGGUUACGGAUUAUAUGGAAAAAAAAUUUGACCUGGAUAAGCUGGUGACACACAGACUACCUUUAGAGAAAAUCAAUGAAGGAUUUGAUCUUUUGCACAAAGGAAAUAGGUAUGUAUUUCUUCACAUUUAUAUGGAAGUGUGUCAGUAAAUAUGGCAAUAUAACUAAAUUAUCUGACAAGCAUUCUGAGCAUAUAUCCACAACCAAGAGGUGAUGGUGGGUUAACACAACUAAUGCAAGGUGUUAACUAAUAUCUUCACUUUAUAUAAUCUUUUAUAUUAUCUAUACUAUUCACAAAAAACAAAGCUGGGUUUGUCAAUUAUGCCACACACGUGCAAACAACAGAUAUAAGUUGAAUAUGUGAAUAUAUCACCUACACAUGCACCUUUUCCAUUUUAAUGUGUAGAGAUAAAAUAUGCAUAAUAUCAAACUUAACUUGCAGUGACCUUAAAUUGCUGAAGACUUUAUGGUCCUCAAUACGAUGUGUCAAAAAAAUAAAAAUAAUAAUUCCCUUUAUUAACAUGCAUUUGAAAACAAAGAUUAAAUAGGCUUACACUACAGUUGGUGGAACCGUUACUUGUUUUAAACCCACUUAACCCCUUACACAACACAACUUCUGAAAUAAAAUGGAAUCAUGACGGAAUAUUUCCGUCAUGUGUCCUUAAGGGGUUUUAAAGCACCUAGGCUCAAAGAUCCUCAGCCUUUAAAUACACAACAAACUCUCCGCUCCCAACCUUUUGGCUCACUCUACCUGCCCAGACCUAGUUCAGGUUUCAGAGAUUAGAUGGAUAUUCAUGCAUGAUGAUGUGUUAUGUGAUAACAUGCCUAUUGGGCUUUAUCAAAGUGUUCAUCAAUACCUCCUUCUUUUCAGUUUAAAUAGAUUACGCAUGCUCGGGAUAAUUACUGUCAUUCAAGUGUCCGCUGUUCUUAAUACUCUGUGAAAUUAUCUAUAUUAAACAUCCUGUUUUUCCGCACAUUAAUUGUCCUUUUACCUACAUUAAACGUCCUGCUCAUAAUACUAUUUACUUUAAUGAUUCACAUAUUGCAUUUUAUCCACUUGCAAAAAUGGAUGCAUAAAUAUUCUCCACAUUAAUAUAGUUAAAACCUGCAUUGAUCCUCAUACAAUUCAUCACAAAAUAACACUCUAAAAAGCUAGGGAUUAAUCACCUAAUCUUAUUAUUUUUAAAUUUCAAUUGAUGGGGGUAUUUUAUAAUAAAUAUUAUCUCAGUAGCUAAUUGUCCUAAAAACUAUUUAUUCCUAUACACCCAAAAAAAUUCUUAAAGGGACACUAUAGUCACCAGAACAACAGCUUAAUGUAGUUGUUCUGGUAGGUAUAGUCUGUCCCUGCAGGCAUUUUCAUUUAUAUAUAACUGCCUAGUAACACCUCUAAUGGCAGUCACUCAGACAGCCACUAAAGUUGCUUUUUGGGUCAGUGCUGCACAAUGUGUAGCACUGAUGUUUAGUGUCUCCACACUCUGUAUGGAGUCACUGAACUUACCUCUUAGAGAUGCAUUGGUUCAAUACAUUUCUAUGAGGAAAUGCUGAUUGGCCAGUGCAGCAUUUGCAAUACUCCCACCCCAUCUCUUUGGCUGAGAUCAUUAGAAUUGAAAAUAUCAGCCAAUCCAGUGCAUUGCCAUAGGAAAGCAUUCUAUUGGCUGAGAUUGUUAAUUCUGAUUAUCUCAGCCAAGGAGGUGGACCAGGGCGGAACCAGCACCUGUCGACCUGUGUGGUGCUGGAAUAAAGGCAAGUUUAUGACCUUUUUAAGGUGGCAAGUGGGGGCCAGCAUGUUUUUAAAAUUAUUGGGUCAGGCUCUAGUGUUCCAUUAAAAUAAAUAUUUCACAACAGUUUAAAAGUUAUCUAUUAACCAAUACUACUUAAAAACCCCAUUUAUUUCCCACCUUAGAUGCUAUUGUUAUCUCAUAUGGAUGUGAUGUCAUAUGUGGAUAUGAUUUAACACCUUGCAGUGGUUGUGUUAACCCACCAUAACCUAUUCUUUGUGAUUUUCUUAAAUAAACACACCCUUGUGAUUUGAUAUGGUGGAGUUUAUUACUAAUAUUUGGUUAUUGGCUGUUGUUGUUGUAGAGUUCUAGGAUAUAUAUAUCAACUACUAAUAAUUAGUGAUGUCCCGAACUGUUCGCCAUGAAUGGUUCGCCGAGAACAGUUCGCUGCGGACUCAUCAUUGAGUAAACUUUGACCCUGUACCUCACAGUCAGCAGACACAUUCCAGCCAAUCAGCAGCAGACUGGGAGGGAGGGUCUGCUGCUGAUUGGCUGGAAUGUGUCUGCUGACUGUGAGGUACAGGGUCAAAGUUUACUCAAUGAUGAGUCCAUGGCGAACCGUUCACGAACGUUCGCAAACCGUUCGGCGGACAGUUUGGGACAUCACUACUAAUAAUUACUUCUGAUAGCCAAGUUAGUAUGCAUUUAAAAACAUUAAGACCAAUAGAAAACAUGAAUAAAAGCACAAAUAUAUUGCAAUUUGUAUAAGUUUGUUUAAAAAAAACAAAUUGAAUCCAAACCACAUAGCCCACUAGCUGGAGGGUAAAAACUCUUCAAAUAGAAAAUACUUUUAAAUGCUUCUGUCGAUAUGAAGAACCUUCAGUACACUGUGGCUGGUUGGCUUGCAAAUUUCCAGGCUUCUCCUGUAUAAAAACGUUGUAAUUUUCCUCUAUAAUGAAAUUAUAAACGUAUAUUUCAAAUGUAUAUUUUGUAAAUUAAAUUGUACUUUUUAGUUCCAGGAUGUAACAUAACAAAAUAUGGCAAUGCUUGAGGAGAGUUAUUUCUCAUGAAAGACCCUUUGCAUACAUGGAGCAUGUUUUUAAACUGGUGUAAAAUCACUCUACAAUAAAAAACCAAAACAUAUUGUACAGUGUGAUGGAUGUGGCACUGUGCUUUGUGGGAUCUGUUAGUCUAAGCAGCAAAUUAAAAUACUUGCCCUGGCGUGACUGAGAAUGAUGGGAGAGAGCCACUAUUUGUAGCUAUCGUCUUUCACUCUCUACCCCACAUUCCUCUGGGUGAAGGACUACUUUGAGAAAGUGAGCUUUUCUCUCUUUCAUGUUAAAAGAUGGUUAUUGUUUCAUAAACUAUUGUUGUUCGUUAAGGCAAACUGUAGAGACUGUGACUGCUUGAUCUUAUUGAAGUGGUUAUAGUGUCAGGAAUUCUCUGGCUCCAUCCUCCCAUUAAACUUUUGAAACCAUUUUAAAGUUUUAAUCAUAAACAAGAGUGCUCAGCUUAAACUACUGAGGACACAUAAGCCUGAACAUGCAGUGAGCAACUGUGAUUGUCCACUAACCGCUUAUCAAAGGGUUCAUUUCUAGUAUGAAUUGGUAUGGCUAGAAUAAAGUGCUAUAGCGCCCUUUUUAAGUGUACAGCUGCUAGAAAAUGGUUUAACACUAAAUCCAGGAACAGUCACAGGAGACUCCAGGCACCCUUUACAAAGACACGCUAGGCACUUUAACCAUUUUAUCCUCUUAAUGAGGAUCCAGAGCCCAGCCCCCCAUUGAUAGUACACACUUUCUUAGCCAUACCAAUUCAUUCAGCAACAGGCAGGUGUGAGAGCUUGAGAGAAUAAGCUGACAUUAUUGUUCCAUGACUGUUUAGGAUAUUGCUUCCUCUUUAGACUGAGCAGCACAAAGACUCUGGUUUAGCAUUAGGGGACACUAUCAUCACCCAGAUAACUUAAUCUCAAUGAAGUGGUCUAGGUGCACUGUCCCUGUCCUUUUAACCGUGUAAUGUAAAACAUUGCAGAUUCUUAGAAACUGAAAAGUUUACAUUGCAAAGUUAAGUCUGCGUAAAACUCAGUCACAAUGAUUCAAUGUAUUCCUAUGGGUAAGUUUGAUUGCACGUUUAUCUCACACAGCACAUUCACUUUAUGUCUCCAAUGUCCCCAUAUGAGAAGGAGGGCCAUGCUUUCUCUGUGUUCAAUGGUGUAUUUUGACAUAUACUCACUGACAGACCCACACUGACGCAAACAUCCUUACUGAUUUGACACACACUGUCAGACACACACAUUCUCUCACUCACAGACAUGCACUGACAGCUACACACACACUGACAAACAUACACACUCACUGACAGACACACACACACUUACAGACACAUACACACACACACUGACAAACACACACACUCUCUGACAGACACUCACUGACAGACACAGACGCACUCUCUGACAGCUACACACACACACACUGACUGACAGACACACACACUGACAGACACACAAACACACUCUCUGACAGACAGACACUCUCUGACAGACAGACACUCUCUGACAGACACACACACACUGGCAGACACACACACUCUCUGAAAGACACACACUCUCACACACAUGUAUUGACAGGCACACUCAUACACACACACACACACUCUGACAGACAGCAACAAACACACACUCACUGACAGCAACACACAUGCUCACUGACUGACACACACACUCAUUGACAGCCACCCGCGCACACACACUCACUGACAGCCACACACACAUGCACACUCACUCACUGACACACACACUCACUGACAGCCACACACACACACACACACAAAUGUUCUCAUACACACCAAUUUUUUUUUUUUUUUUUAAACUUAAAUCCACCCAGCCUCCCUUCCUUUGGGAGAGCUAGAGUGGAUCCUGUCCCUGACUGCUGCUGGGCAGGCUCCUUACUGGCUCCAUUGGGGCUGUUGGCUGUGCUGGUAGGCUCCUCGCUGGCUCUGCUGGGGCUGCUGGCUUCUGCUGGCAUGACUGGCUGGGUGGACAGGCAGACGCUCAAUGGAGGCAGUGAAGAAACUGAGCUCUUCCUUCCCUGCUCUCUCGCCACUGCCUGGGCCGGAGUGUCGUCAUAUUCCAGCUCUCUGCAUCAUAGAAGGGUGCGCGGACUGCGCUCCCUUGCCUCCCACAUGCACUAUGAGUAGCUGAAUGCCUUGGGGGGGGGGUCCCUAAGGUAGCCAGCUGGCCACCUUUUGGGUCCCCCACAACACGAGGCAAAGAAGGCAUUUGUCUGGGCGCUUAGGGCAGUUUUUUUUGCCAUCCCCCUGAAAGUGCCGCAUUAGGCAAAUGCCUUGUUUGCCUCGCGGCAAAUACAGCCCUGUCUGUGAUGACCGCUCCAAGGGACCUACAAUGCUGGAAAAAGGUAACUACAUUUUUAUUUUAUUUUUAGAUUGAAAACAGCUGGGCACCUAUUUCUGACUAAGGACAGAGACACUAUUGCAUUAGAAAUACAGAUUUGCAUUCAUAAAGCUAUAGUGUUCUUUUAAAUAUUACAGCCAUUACAUAUGAUUUGACAUGAAAUGGGAAGAUUGAGCCAGGGGACUACAAGUAAUAUAACUGCUUUAAUGAGAUGAAGCAUUUACUGUGCCUACCACGUCCUUUUAAUAAAUUGAUAUACUGAAAUGUAUCACUGGCAAAUGUAUUGUUUCAUUGAUGCUAUUCUUUUUAUUUAUUUUUUACAGCAUUCGGACAAUAUUAACAUUCUAA